ACUCUUAUUAGUCAAAAUGAGAACAAGGAAAGCACAGUUGCCAACAGAAACCGUUGAUCGGAUUUGGGAGCGAAAAUGUGGAGCCGAAAGUCAGCUCUGAUCGGAGUUUUGGGUUGCUUUUGUAUCUACACAACAUUUCUUACCAGCGUCAUAGCUUCGUCUCAGGAAUCGCUGCUCGGAUCCGCCCGCGUCGUUUUUCAGACCAAUUUUGGGGACAUUGAAUUUGGGUUCUUCCCAGGAGUUGCACCCAAAACCGUUGACCACAUUUUCAAGCUGGUCCGUCUAGGUUGCUAUAACACCAACCACUUCUUUAGGGUCGACAAGGGUUUUGUGGCCCAAGUCGCCGACGUGGUCAGCGGAAGAUCGGCCCCUAUGAACGAGCAACAAAGAGCAGAAGCGGAGAAGACCGUGGUGGGUGAAUUCAGUGAUGUGAAACAUGUCAGAGGCAUUCUAUCAAUGGGAAGAUAUGAAGACCCAAAUAGUGCGGCUUCCUCAUUUUCGAUGCUUCUUGGAGAUGCUCCUCAUCUUGAUGGUCAGUACGCAAUAUUUGGUAAAGUGACUAAAGGUGAUGAGACUUUGAGAAAGCUUGAGGAAGUCCCAACUCGUCGCGAGGGAAUUUUUGUAAUGCCGAACGAACGUAUUACAAUUCUGUCAUCAUACUACUAUGAUACCGAAAUGGAGAAUUGUGAACAUGAGAGGUCAAUACUGAAGCGGAGACUUACUGCAUCUGCUAUUGAAAUCGAAAGACAGCGAAUGAAAUGCUUCCCAUGAAAUAGAAGGCAAUGUAAGCAUGAAAAAAUGUUUUGGGUUGCCGCCACCCAUCCAGAUAUCAGUGGUUGUAAUGUUGUAUUGUCCCAGACAAAAGCUUAGAAACGGCGAGGAAAAGUUUAAAGAUUGAUCUGUUUGCAUGGAAAAAAAAAAAAAAAACACUUUUGACACUAUUUAUGUUGUUGAUUGGAUAGAGUUAUGUACAUGAAGAGAGAAAGGCAACAACUAAAACUUGCUACUA